CAGAUUCCUGAGCCAUCACAGAAUUGUUAUCCAGAUACUAUAUCCUCAUCUUCUGACAGAUCAUCACUGAAAUUAGUAAAAGACAACACCAUGGACAUUGGUUUGAUCAGUAUAGGAUGCCCUACAGUCCGCCGACUGAAAACUAAGAAACAGACAUUUGGGACGCUGACCAGAGUGACUAUAGGUGAAAAAAAUGUGAAGAAGAUAAAUAAAACCAUCUUAGUUGUUGGAGAAGCAGGGACAGGAAAAUCUGCCCUGAUCAAUGCUCUGGUUAAUUACACCAUGGGAGUGAGGUUUGAGGAUGAAGUCUGGUUUCAGGUUGUGGAGGAAGAGGAGAAUGGCCAGACAUCAGAUGUGAUUGUGUAUGACAUCUUUGAUUUUGAAGAUAAACCUCUGCCCUACUCCCUGACCAUCAUUGACACUCCUGGAUGUGGAAGCCAGAGAGGGAUGGACUGUGAUGUGACUGUAAGUCAAAGACUGUUUGACUUAUUUCGAUCAGAAGAUGGAGUUCGUGAGAUCCAUGCAGUGGCAAUGGUGAUGAAGGCCAGUGAGAAUCAGUUAAGUGAUUCUCUGAGUUACAUAUUUGAGUCAAUGAUGCCUCUUUUUGGGAAAGGCCUUCAAAACAACACUGUGGCUCUGAUCACACACUCAGAUGGAACGAUACCUACGGUUGCUCUUAAAGCCCUUAAAGAUGCAAGGACUCCAUGCGUAAAAGACAUGGACAGCCAGCCUAUUCACUUUACAGUCAAUAACUGUCAGAAUGAGCCUCGAACAGAGGAAACUAGCUUAGAUCUGGAAAAGGCAUGGAGAGUGACAGAGAAAGGGCUAAGUGACUUCAUGUUUUUUCUUAAAAAGGCUUCACCUCAGCAGCUGCAGGUGAAGUUUGGGUUUAAGUCACAAAUCAGACUUGCAGCCUCCAUCCAAAACCUAGAAGAGAAAAUCAAGCUAAAUGAACUGAAACAGCAAGAAAAUAAGCAGCUUCAGGAAGCUCUGAAGAAACUCAAAGAAGAGGAGAAAAAUGAAAACAUCAUUGAAGUAGAUGAAGUCUGCAUAGAAGAAGAACCGAUUGGUGGUGAGAUGUCCUUCUUUAAAUCAGCUGUCUGCUGUACCGUCUGUAAGGAGAACUGUCACUAUCCAGGAUGUACGAUGGCCCUGAGCCCUGAAGAGUGUGAGGUCAUGGAUUUUAGCCACUGCACUGUUUGCACUGGAAAAUGUCCUGUAUCAACACAUGUUAAAGCCAACUGGAGGUAUGUGGCCAAGACAAAAAAAGUGCAGAGAACCAAAGAGGAAUAUAAAAAGAUGUAUAAGAAGAAAGCAUCACACUAUAAUUUAAAGCUUCUUGAGAUUCUGGGAAAGGAGAUUAAAAGCCUAAAAUCAGAGAAGACACAACUGAUAGAAAACUCCUUCAAAAAAGUUGUAAGCUUGGAUCAGACUGUGCUUAAAGUUUGCUCCCUUUCCACCUACAUAAGUUUGGACUUCCUGAUUGAGAAGAUGGAAGAAAAAGGAGACUCAGAGAAGCAACAGCAACUGCAGGAGAUAGACCAGCAGAUGGAUGGAGGGGUCAAAGCCUUGCUCAACUGCAACAACAAUUCUCCACAAGAAAUCUUUCCCAGCAGAGACCUGAUUCGUUCUGGAUGCCCUGCAGUCUACCAGCUCAAAACAAAGAAAAAAGUCUUUGGAACCUUGACCAGACUGACCGUAGGGACAAGAAAACGCAACAAACCAAACAAAACCAUCCUGCUUGUCGGUGAAACAGGAGCAGGGAAAUCUACUCUGAUCAAUGCACUGGUCAACUACGCCAUGGGGGUGACAUUUGAGGAUAAAAUCUGGUAUCAGAUCGUAGAAGAUGAGAAUAGAGGUCAGAUAGAAAGCCAGACAUCAGAUGUGAUCGUGUAUCAGAUCUUUGGUUUUGAAGGUAAAACUCUGCCGUUCUCUCUGACCAUCAUCGAUACGCCUGGAUAUGGAGACACCAGAGGGAUUGAACGUGAUAUCAUUGUCAGUGAAAGAUUAUUUGAAUUGUUUCGAUCAGAACAUGGCAUACAAGAACUUCAUGCGGUGGGUCUGGUGGUGAAGUCGAGCGAGAAUCGUCUGAGUGACCGACUGAAGUACAUCUUUGAUUCAGUGAUGUCUCUAUUUGGAAAAGACAUCGAGAAAAACAUUGUAGCUCUGGUCACUCACUCCAAUGGAAGAAAACCAAAUGACUUGCUUGGGGCUCUCAAUGCUGCCAAGAUUAAAUGUGCCAAAGAUGAGAAGGAAAAACCUGUUUACUUCCUUUUCAAUAACUGCCAACACGAAGAACGAAUAGAGGAAGAGCAUCAUAAAAAUGCUGAUACAAUAACAAUGAGAGGACUGAAUGGCUUUACUGCCUUUCUGGAAAAAACUGCACCUCGAAAACUAGACAUGACUUUGGAUGUUCUCAAUGAACGGAUCAGACUGUCUGCCUGCAUCCAAAACCUGGAGGAAAGAAUCUGUCUGUCUGAGCUGAAAGAGGCAGAAAUUGAACAAAUUAAAGAAGCUCUGAAGAUACAUGAAAAGAACAAAAUUAAUGAUAAGGUCACUGUAGAAUUUGAUGAAGCCUACAAAGGCAAAGAAGCCAUUGAAGGAGACAUUUGGUUAAUGACUUUAGUAAAAGGGGCAGUAUGUUGUACCAUCUGUGAGGAGAACUGUCACUAUCCUGGAUGUUCAACCUCUAGAAAGCCCGAGGACUGUGAGGUGAUGAAAGAUGGCCGGUGCACUGUGUGUACUUUAAAGUGUCCUGCAUCUGCUCAUGUGAAAGGGAAGUGGAGAUAUGUGAACAAGACAAAAAGGGUUCAGAAAAGCCUGGAUGAGAUUAAAAGAAAGUCAAAACGAGAAAACAGUUUGGAUUUUUUGGUCAAUCUUGAGAAAGAUUUGAAAAAGCUGAAAGCAGAAAAGUCACAGCUGCUGGAAGAAGCCCUCCAACAUAUUGACAAUUUAGGGCAGAUUGCUUUGAAAGUUAAUUCAGUGUCCACAUUUGUCCCAUAUGACUUUCUGAUUGAAAAGCUGAAUGACAGAGAAGAAGCAAACAAAAUUCAGAAACUGGAGGAGAUGAAAAGCAAAGAGGAUGAAGGAACCAGAACAAUCAUUCAGUCUAUGUGGGGUAAAAUGAAAGCAACUACCAAAAAAAUUCAAAAGGCCUUAAAGUAGCAAAACUGGUAUCAGCUAAAUGGGGUCCUUUAAGAGUGCAUCUUUGAAUUAAUGCAAAUGUUUGGAUGAAAACACUGGCUCAAUUUCUCAUGUCAUAACAAUUGUUCCUCAU